AUGACCCCACUCAAACCGUUUAAAAUGUCUGCUAGCGAUUUAGCGCCAUUAAACGAACUUCUUCUCAAUGAUAACCACAAAAAUCGUCGAGCCAUGCUCGAUUUCAUGGCGAAUGACCCUAUCUACAUACCACGAUACAAUGUUCCGUUGGAAUUUGAACGAGAGUUGGCGUUAGAACGAUUGCAACGCUUGGCCAAUAAGAGAUUCAUUUCUGUAUUUGAUUUUGAAAACAACCCACUGAAUAUAUUUGCUGCACAUGAAGUCGCUGGCAUGGUUGAUGGCUCCGUGGCUACCAAGAUGACUGUACAAUGGAAUCUCUUUGGCGGAACGGUUAUCAAACUCGGGACUGAAAGGCAUCGACAUCUCUUACCCGGCGUUGACAAUCUCAACAAUGUUGGAUGUUUUGCGCUAACUGAACUUGGAUACGGUAAUAAUGCUGUUGAAAUGGAAACCACUGCUGUUUAUGAUGAGAAAACGCGAGAAUUCAUUAUCAACACUCCUUCGACGCUGGCUCAAAAGUAUUGGAUUACGAAUUCGGCCGUUCAUGCAAAGUGGUCUAUCGUAUUCGCUCAAACCAUCAUUCGUGGACAGAAUGAAGGUAUACAUGCUAUCUUGGUUCGGAUUCGUCACGAUGACAUGACUCCAUGCGAGGGCGUUAAGAUUGAGGAUAUGGGUAUGAAGUUUGAGUGCAAUGGCGUGGAUAAUGGAAAACUCUGGUAUAAUAACGUUCGAGUACCAGUAGAUAACCUGCUUAACAGGUAUUCGAACAUUGACGAGAACAACAACUUUACAAGCUCUGUUAACAGUCGCAGAGGACGAUUCUUGAAAGUGGCAGACCAGCUUCUUUCUGGAAGGCUUGCAAUUGCAUCAAUGUGUCUUGGGGGAACAAAAGCUUGUCUUUCUAUUGCCUUUCGCUAUGCGAAUUCUCGUCUUUGCGUUGGUCCUAAUGGCAAAAGUGAUACGGCCAUAUUGGCAUACCAACUUCAACAGAGGGCUCUGUUACCUUUGUUAGCCACAACGACUGUGCUGAAUAUUGGUUUGAAUUAUUGCAAAGUCAGAUGGGCAAAACAGACGAAAAAAGAUGUCAAAGACAUCGUGCGUCUUUGCUGUGUUAUCAAGCCUCUCGUAACUUGGAAUUUUGAAAGGGUUGGCACAACAUGCAGGGAGCGUUGUGGUGGGCAAGGAUAUCUUAGUGUUAAUAGAUUUAGUGGGUUUAUCGGAUUGGCUCAUUCUGGCAUGACAGCAGAGGGAGACAAUUCAGUUUUAAUGCAGAAAGUAUCCAAGGAAUUAUUGGCAGAUGUCAAAUCUGGACUCGUGAAACUACCCAACGUAUCGGACGCUGCAGCUGCUUUAACAUGGGAUCUGAGCAAGCUAGAGAAUUUGAUGAAACUAUUUAUAUUGAGAGAGAGAAGCCUAUUGCAAGAGCUCGAUAACAAUAUGGCAACGAAAAUGGAUGUAGGUACGUCUCUCUUUGAUGUUUGGAUGCGACAAGAGUCUGAUACUAUUCAAGCGCUGGCUAGUGCACAUGGCGGAAGGAUUGCUCUUGAGCAAACCCUAAUUGCUAUUAACAAACUACAAGGAUUUUCCAGAGAGUCGUUGUAUCAAUUAGCUUGCUUGUAUGCAUUGGCCCAAAUUGAAGCCAAUCUCUCUUGGUAUAUGGUCAACAAUCUUAUAACAAAAGACUCGGCUAGAGUUGUUCCACUUUUAAUCAGAACAAUAGUGGCUACUUUGGCUCCACACAGUAUUGUCUUAGUAGAUGCUCUGGGUGUUGAUCCUCGAGUGCUGUAUGCUCCCAUUGCUAAUGUAAAUCCAAGCAACACGUGGGAGAAAUUCAAUAUGAGAGAUAAUAAAGGUGAAUUGACUGAAAUGAGGACCGGAAUGAGCAAGCUGUAA